CUUACAUUGAUCUAGGAUACUAGAUGCAACUGCUGUUCUGAAUGUAGCGAGCAAAUAGUAGUAUUAGAUUGUUGUCAUGCCUAGGUGUAGGCAACAUAUGGAUUUCCAAUUCUGAGAAUUGAUUAUUUUUUCCAUUCGCUUUCUCUUGCUAGCAGACCUGGCAGAUCACUUCGGGUACUUCUAUAUACAGGCUUGCCAGAAAAGAGAGAAACUAAAGGGGGCAUAGCACAUAAGAGGGCCUUAAGGAGAGAACAGAGGAGUGGGAUAGAAAGUGUAGCUGUAGAAACAGGGUUCGGUAGAUAGACUGCCAUGAGAGAGGAUCCGUCAAGCUGUGGUGAAUACCCUGAGGGAGGGGUGGUGUCCAGCGAGGAGGAGCCAGACUGUGCUCCAAUCAAAUACCCUGUGGUGCUGGUAACACCAGGGGCUGGCGGGCGCAAGAGUGUCACCAGGAAAGACAACAUUUCAUCGCCAACAGAGGACAACAAGUCAACGACAGGAGGGCCUCACAGUCUGAUCCCAUCAGGACCCAAGAGGCCUAAGAAGAGUCCCCAGCCCUCCCUGUCUCCUCUCCCCAUCCCAGGCCAGGCCCUGGAGGACCCUCAGCACCAACGGGUGAUCGCCAAUGUACGGGAGCGCCAAAGGACGCAGUCCCUGAACGACGCCUUUGCCUCGCUUCGUAAGAUCAUCCCCACGCUCCCCUCAGACAAGCUGAGCAAGAUCCAGAUCCUAAAGCUGGCCUCGCGUUACAUUGACUUCCUCUACCAGGUCCUGCAGAGCGACGAGAUGGAUGCCAAGCUGGCCAGCUGUAACUACCUAGCCCACGAGAGACUCAGCUAUGCAUUCUCGGUGUGGAGGAUGGAGGGGGCCUGGUCCAUGUCCGCUACCCACUAGCCCUGUCACCUACCUCUCUAACACCCCCUCCCUCCUCUCCUGCCCCAGCCAAUCUCCCAUGACCUCUGACCCCUGCUCUCUGACCCUCAUCCUCACAUCAUCUAACUCUUAUCAUUCUACACCAGCACCGUACCAAGGCGACUGAGAAGCCUCCACCUGUUGGUCUGCAAUCCCUUUGUUUACUGGUUUGGACCUACACCUCUGGACCAACUAAAUCAAAUAUAUGAGCCUGCCCUCACUCUGGAGAGGUACUGUAAAGAGACUCAGCUUCCUCGAGCCCACACAGAAUCUAUGGGACAAUGAUUCAGAGCUACUAGCAGGUCUAGAAGAGGGACAACUAUAGAGUUUUAGGACCUGGAAAUUGCAACUUGUGACUUGGAAACAAUUUGGUAAACAAAUGUAAGUUGAAGUUAUUCAUGGGGAUAUUCCUAUUGUAGUGUGACUACAUGUAGUACAUAACUGUUUGUAAACCAACAUACAAUUCCUCAUUAAAAGGGAAUCAGUUGGUGUAAGAUAAUAAAA